GUUACAGGAAAACAUGCGUAGUUACGCUUAAUGCAGACUUAUUAAUGACUUAAUUAAUACCGACUUCCCACAGCGGCUCGAUUGUGGCGGUGUCGCUUGACCCGCGUUAAAUCGACGCAGAGCUUACGCCGUAGGGUACGCGGCGACGCGCACCCUAUGCCGUAGGCUCUGCGUUGGUGUAACGCGGAACCAUAAAUCAGCCUUCAGUGGAAACCCGGAAACUUGAAACUUUUAAAGCUCUCCCUCGUGCUUUUUUUCGAUUAUGCAAAUAGAUCAGAUGGAGGAAGACAACAAGAUCGAUCAUGCAACGCUUGAGUAGAGCAGUGGGGAUGCGAACCGGGUCCAGGGCAGACUGACGGGGAGACAUGGAGCCCAGCCUGCAGGACUGGAUGUCGGCGCUGCCGGAGCAGCUGUGGGACGUUCCCCUGACAGACCUGGCCAUACCUGGGAGCCAUGAUGCCAUGAGUUACUGUCUGGACAUAAACUCCCCCCUCGUCAGAUCUGAGUCUGACUUUUUCCGGCUCCUGGAUGGUCUUUUCUACUGCCUUACAAGGCCUGUCAUUUUUAAAUGGGCUACCACACAGGACAAAACCAUUGAGGAGCAGCUUUCGAUGGGGAUUCGGUUCUUCGAUCUCCGGGUGGCACAUAAACCCAAUGACCCAUCCAGUGACCUCUACUUCACACACGUCAUAUACACACAUUUAAUGGUUUUGGAAACGCUCGUGUCUGUUGCCAACUGGCUGAAGUCUCACCCUAAGGAGAUCGUCAUUCUCGCUUGCAGCCACUUCGAGGGAAUGGAUGACAGGUGUCACGAAGGGUUCAUUUUCUGGCUGAAGAAGCUGUUUGGCUCAAAACUGUGUCCCCGGAAGGAAUCAGUCGUGAGCUUGCGGAGCCUGUGGGCAUCUGGUUACCAGGUCAUCCUGUCCUACGACUGCCAGCUCACGGCGAGACAUCAGGAGCUGUGGCCGGCCAUCCCUUACUGGUGGGCCAACAAGCACACAGCACAAGACCUAGUCACUUUCCUGGAGUGGAACAAAGACCUGGGCCGGCCAGAGGGUUUCUUCGUGUGCGGCCUCAACCUCACAGCUGAUAGGCGUUACAUCACCAAGAACCCGAAGGAAUCCCUGCGGACACUGACGUACAGGAACUGGGAUGCUGUGACACGGUGGCUGGAGCAGCAGGCGUCAGGAUCGGACCCCGGAAGCCUCAACAUCAUAGCGGGAGACUUUGUGGGGCCGCUUCCACUCUGCUCGCUGGUGAUCGCACUGAACUACAAACUGCAACGCAAAAGCUCCAAAGAGAUGAGAAAGCAGUUUCAGAUGUGAUUUUACUCUUUGAAGACGGAUUCAAAAUUAAUAAAAACCAGUUUUUGUUC